UUGAAUGUCUUGGACGUACUCAGAUUGACGAGAUAAUCACUCAAUUUUUACACGUGUUGGAAACUAUGAGAAGAAAGAGGCCACGAUGAAAAAAUCCAAUACCCAAAAUACACCAUCAAAAGAGGGAUAAUGUCGAUACCAAACGGGACUGGAGAAACGGGCGUAAAGGACUACACCUAUGUACGGGUUUGUGCGUCGACCGUCUCCUUCAUAAUAUUGGCGUUCUUCAACAUCGUCAUUAACUGGACUAUAGUGCGCGAGGAGCGACUUCGGGGCCAUGCGCGCUUUGUGUUAGUUUUUCACCUGUUGAUGUCAGCUCUGGUGUACUUUGGCAUGUGCUCUGUUUUCUACCUCCAGAUUUACCUCGGCGCCAGGCUGGUGGCAUCCAUCUGUGUGGCCAUGGUAACUGUCCUAAUCACCAGCGCGUCCAAUAUACUCCUGACUCUCACUGCUAUGGCGCUGGACCGUUAUUUUGCUGUCUGUCACCCUAUGAAGUACAGUUCUGUCUGGCAUUGGCCCUGGUUAGUUGGACUACUGACGUGGGGGCUCGCGCUGGUUAUUCCCCUCACUCUGCUCCCCAAGACGGAGCUGGACGCCACUGGUCCAAAUGGGGAAUGUGGACGGGAACAGUUGAAGAAAGGUGAAGUGAAAAAAAUCUUGCUGAUAUCUGUGUGUACGAUACUGAUUCUGUACAGUUAUGUAAGGAUACUGUUUGAGGGGCGAAGGUUGGGAGUGAUAAAUCGACGCAAUAGUGUCGGAUGCAAGACCAUCGCCCUGCACUUUACUCAACUCGCUGUGUACAUCCUCCCCAACUUUGUGCUAAUAGUUAUCCAGAAACAAGAACACCUUCAGCCGGGGACCAAAGAACUGUCAGCGGUGGUUAGCUUUGCCUUCUUUAGUUUGGCGCAGUGCAUAGCACCAAUCGUCUACGGUUUGCGUAAAGAGGAACUCUUGGAGCAGGUGCAUCGCCGGUUCCCUUGUUGUUCCCGCCAACUGAAAAGCGUUCUCGAGUGGACCGUGCGUGCCACGACGCCUCGUCUGCAUCCACAGCCACGGGAAAGAACAUUGACAUCCCAGACACUCAUCUCACUGGAGCCUCCACAGACACCAGUAUAAGGGAAGAGGGAGCCCUCACUACUAACUCAACUACUCCUGUAACAGACCCAUCAGUAUGUCUCCAGUGCUCCAUAGGCUGGGCUAAAGACGUUUUGUACCAGACUGAUACUGCCACCCGAAUGCCAUGGAGACGCUGGUGGAAUGGAGGGUGUAGCAACUAGACAUCACAACACAUUUGGGAGCAUAUUGUAUAUCCAUACAGUGUGGAUUCACCCUCUUUUGUUGAUUCAUUCAUACAGUACUUGAAUAUCCAGCAUCUGCACAAAGCUAUGAAAGUGCUUCUGUUCUACCCCGGAUGUAGUGACUUUAUAGGAAUGGGUAUCACUGUGAACAUACCGGCCCCAGACCUGUAUUAUGUUAACUGUACAGUGUCAGAGAAGAGUCCAACGAGGAUUUGACUAAUUUGACCGAAAAUAUACAGUACAAAACAGUGGCACAGCCAGAGAUUUGUUGAUGGGUGGGCCAAAAAUAUACACUACCGUUCAAAAGUGUG